AUAUCUAGAAGUACACAUGGUACCGUUUCACAAAGCAGUCGUAAAUUUACACGCUCGUAGAUUUUACGCCAUAUUUGCGCAAUGUUUACGCCAUAGUCUAAGACUGUUUCACAAAGCUACGCUAAAACUGGCGUAACCUCGGCCAACUUACACGCACGUAAAAAAUACGAUUGGAGCUCUUUCCCUUUGUGAGGUAGGAAAAUCCGCACUAGAGUUGUCUACCGUGGCAGGUGCUCUGAGCAGACGACGAAGCGCAUUAAAAUGGAUGAAAUUAGCGACAAGAAAUCGAGGAAGAGAAACUUUUCGGCCACAGAAGUAGAAAUUCUUACAGAAGAAGUUGGCAGCAAUUCAGAUGUGUUGUUUUCAUCUUUUUCUUCUUGCAUCACAAACAAUCGGAAGAAGAAGAUAUGGGAGGAUAUUCUGACAAAGAUCAACGCCAAUAACACGGAGGUAAGGACUGUGCCUCAGCUGAAAAAGAAAUGGCAGGACCUCAGGGCUGCAGCCAAGAAGAAGGAGGUGACAAGGAGGAAGGAGAGUGUGAGAACUGGUGGAGGUGGCCCUCCUACACAACUCACUACUGUUGAACAGAAGAUUGUGAGUUUGAUUCCUCCUUGCCAGAUUGAAGGAAUUGCUGGAGGAUUUGAUUCGGGAGUUGAUGGGUCGUUUCUGGACUAUGCUUUGGAGGCUGAUCCUGAUAUGAGCACAGCAGCAAUGGCUACAUCUUCAUUAACCUGUGACUUUAAUGACACAGUCACUUGCAACACAACAGAAGCAAUGUGUAUCACCCCAGCAGGGACAGGAACUUCAAUUAUGAUGGAAGACAUCACAGCUAGAAAGGCACAAGGUGAACCAGGACCAGAUCCAGUUGCUGACGCAAUAAAGCAAUUAAUAGCUGUACAGAGCCAGAUUCUCUUGGCUGAGAAUAGAAGAGUAGAGAUUGAGGAGGAGAAGCUAAAGCUGCUCAGGGAAUUUGUACAUGUUUCUCCCCUUAAUGGCCAAAAUGUAUCCCCCAUAAUAAAAUUCUUUUGAUUAUGACAAAA